AUGCCUAGUUCCAGCUGCAGCCAGAAGUUGGAAAAGAGCCUGUCCAGCUUGGUAAGUAUAUCACUUGGACCAUCACUAGGAGCAGUGCGCCAUGCGGUCUCUGACAUUUUAGGUAGGUCGUGGCACGGUCUUAUGUUAUGAAGGGUUCACCAGUCUUAAUUGGGUUGCUUCCCUUGGAUCAUCCCCACCGGUCCAAGGGGGGUAACAGGGUGCUUGCACAGGAGUAGUGGCCUUUGGGCACCCCCGGUCCAGGGGAUCAUCCGCUUCCCCUGGCCGGAGCGCGUCAAGUCACAUUUGCAAUGGUAGAGCCAGUGCAUGCUCGUUGAAUCGACAAUCUCCUCCUCGCAUAGCAGGUAAGUAAGGUAGCGUGGACAUUGCUUGUACAGUCCCAGACCGAGCGUUAGUAGAUCUUAAUAUGCUUUUUAUAGUAGGCUUGGGGAGGAGCUCAUCUGAGAUGUAUCUAACCUCCAUGACAGUCUGGCCCCCGCCCUCCAUUGUUUUUAUAUUUUAACAACCAUGCUGUAUGUUUCAAAAUGUUUCUUUGUGCUUCAGUAUUAAUAUUUUUGGAACAUUUAGGAAAUAUAGCAAGGCAAGGGAUACUGUGGAAACACCAAUGUCUGUUUCAGUUUUAAUUUUAUGUGGUAGCUGUGCAUCCAAAGUUUCAAAUAAAAAUUAUUUACAUUUUCUUUAGUGACAAGAACACGGUAGUGAAGGGGUUUAAGAGCACUGUUAUUCAAUAAUGCACUGGUAAGAUGUAACUUAAAACUUUGAAAAGAAUAAAGAUGACAUAAAUUAGAAAUAUUACAUUGGAUUACAGUACUCAUUUAUGAGAUGUGAAACUAAAAUACAAUUCAAUUGGCUGACAAGCAUAUUUCUGGAAUAUAUUCUCAUGAUAAACUGUGAGACAAUAUAUGACAGGUGAAAGCUAGAUGUGGUAAUGCAAUAAAUCUAUUUAUAAAUGGAUAAUUGCCAUCUCUGUUUUUGUUAACCUUUCCAGGAUAUAUUUAUUAUCUUCAAGAUAUACAUCUCUGAACACUUUCUAUAAGAUUAAUUGCACUGUUCUUGGAAUUGGGUGUGGAAUAUUUUAUGAUAAACAUGAGACUUAAAAGAUAAAGUCUGGUUUAUUCUUUACUUCUCUACAGCAAAUUGGUCUUUGGAAUUCUAAUUUCCUUAUUACCCUCACAUGUCUGAGAUUUAACCUACAGACACAGUUUAGAGAACAACACAUCAUGUAGAGAGCAGAUCCUGUUCAUCCAACAAUUACCUCCAUCUCUCAAGUCGUGCAGACUAGUCAGAAACAUGAAGGUCUCAAUUAAAACAAAUACACUGAUUGGACUCAUAAUUCUGGCAGCAAGUGAGUGACUUAUCUAUAAUGCUAAAUCAGGGUUCUAGGCUAGAGGGGUUAUUUAUAUGGAGUAAUUGCUUAUAAAAACUGCAAAUGUAACAUGCCAAUGGAAUGUUCAUGUUAAUUAUUCUACUUUUAGAAUUAUUCUUCAGAACUGUUCUUACUUUCCGAAGGAAUAUGCUUUGGAAGACAAAAUGUUCUUCUUUUUGAAUAGAUAUAUUAUAUGGUUUAACCUCUUAAGGACCAAACUUUUGGAAUAAAAGGGAAUCAUGACAUGUCAAAAAUGUCAUGUGUCCUUAAGGGGUUAAAGAACUAGACAAGUCUCUGGUUGUGACCUCAAUAACAAUUCUCUACUUUCAGCGGUAUUUACAAAAAUAAGAACUGCUGAGAAUUGACCAGGAAAUUGCACAUUUUAGGACAAAAUAGAUGACUUUCAGAAAACACUCCAAUUUAGAUGUUUUUCCAUUUCAGAAUUUAAUAAUUACCAGUUCUGGCAUACCAAAUUGAUGAGUGCAUAUUCUAAUUUUUCCCAUGGAUAUAUACAUUAAAAAAAAAAGAAUGGAAAAAAACACAUCUACUCCAACAACUUGCUAAUAAAAACAUCAUGUUGCAAAAAAGCAUUGCUGAAAUCUCAAUGACACGAUGAGCAAUAUUCUGUAAUUGUGAGAUGGUUUACUAAUGCUUUUUAACAGCACCUUACAUCAUGUGCACAUUUGAGCAUUAGUGAACAUUCUCUCUACAGUCUAUUAUGUGAAUAUUUUUAAAUGUAAGAGGUGGUAUUGGCAAUUCUCUAUUAUACGUCAGUUAUGCCAAUUGUUUGUAUGUUCGUAAUGUGCACUUUUGAAAAGGAAGGUCAGAGAAACUUUAGUGGGAAGCCUUAGAUCUUUAUUUAUGCACGUGGUUAUUUAAUGUCCUAGCCAGGUCUGGUUGGAUUGUAAGCAGUUCCACAUCUUUAAACCUUGUAGAAUCUUCCUAAUGCAAAGUAUAUUUGCAUGAAGGGGUAAAGCUAAUUUGCAAUGUUCUUUACCAGUCACUGUCUGUGCUUUCUGUCAGGGUAUCAUAUUAAACUCAUCUGUCAUUUGUCACUCUGGCCAUUGAUUGUAUGUUGGUAAAUGAAAAUGUAUUUAAAAACGUUUGCCAUCUACUGAUGCAUAUCAGUCAAUUCACCCAUUUAAUGUGUGACAUGUCAUGAUUCCCUUUUAUUCCAGAGGUUUGGUCCUUAAGGGGUUAAUCUUGAAAUGAAUAAACAUUCUCCUUCAAUGUUUUUUACCAUUAAUUUACUCUAUGCAUGUUUGUGUGCUUGUUUGUUUGUUUGUUUGUUUGUUUGCGAGGGUGGGAUAUUGUGUGACUAUUUUAAUUGCUAAGAUAAUUUUUUUUCCAUUUAAUAAUUAAUUUAGCCAAUCUAACUGCAAAUGUUUAUAUUUUAUGUGUUUAUUUUUAUGUCCUAAAUUUUAUGGUUGAUAUUUGACAUCUAUGACACAGUUUGCCUUUUUAUUUCCUUUUUUGUAUACUUGUUAAUAAAUUUUGGUUUUACUUUGUUUCUUUGAUAUUUAUUUCCUAUUGCUAUAUAUUGGUGAGUAGGUAUUCGUAGAACAUAGAUAUUUGUUAGGGUUUUAAUGUGAACAGUUUGCCCAGAAAACAAACUUUCUAACUCUGUUAAAUGUGAUAUUCUGCUGCACAGAAAAUCUGUGUACCCUGAUAGACAAACACAAGGAAUUUGUAGAUUUCGCACAAUACAUUUAUCUUUUAUAUUUUUUAGUACUUUAUUUAUUUAUCUUUAGUAGUUAUAAUAAUAUUUCCAGUUGUGGGUACUAACUUUUUACCUGAUUAGUAACUACUUAAAGUAACAUGAACAGGAUCAGGCAUUCUAUACUUGUGAAUAAUUAUACCAGUAUUACAUAGAUUCGACUUGGCUUUUUAACUUAUUUGGGACAUUUUAUUUAUUUGUUUGUUUGUUUUUAGUAAUAACAAAAUUCCACUUUUUGAUAACAAGACACAUCUGUAUUUGUUGUCAAGAAAGCUAAGUUAGAUUUUAACUGCUAUUUGACUGGAGUUAAAAUCAAAUAUGAACUAACAGGUAUCUUUUCGACCAGUGGGCGUCAAAACAAAUUUAAGCGUUUCAUUAAUAAAAGCAUAAAAGUGAAAAAAGGAAACAUAUAUGUUUCUGUUGUGCAGUUCUCCAUUGGCCACAAUAGUAAAACAAAACAAAAAUAUAGAUUUACAAUGAUUUAGGAUAAGAGAAACAUUCUCAAAAUAUGUCUAGAAUGCUCACAAUAUUAUUAGGAAUUCUAUGAAACUGUAAGGGCAGUGUAUAUUGUCACUGUAAGCAAUAAUGAAAUUGAAUUUGUAAUGUGAUUUGUCCAUCUGUCAUGACUUGUGUAAAUAGAAAACAAAUUCAACAUUUUACCUUUAAUUCAAAUACUAACAAGGAAAAUAUUGUUUUAUCUUUACAGUGCCGGAGAUGAUGAUUGCAGUAAGCACCCCAAACACUGCAUCACCAGCAACAUCCCCAACUCCAACAACCACAACAUCGACCAUACCACUUCUAUCCACAACAACACCAGCUACAUCACCUGCAGCCAACACAACACCAAAUGGAGCCCUUCCAAAAAACAAAACAUCACCUACACCCCCUCCAACCAUAACAACACCAACUACCCCACAGCUUACCACCCCAAUGCCAAAGGCAGCCCCUCCAAUCACCACAACACCAACUAUCCCAAAACUCACCACUCCAACACCAACUCCAACACCAACUGCAACCACCACAACAUCAAUUACUCCACAAGUAUCCACUACAACACUAAAUACACCAACUCCAUCUACCAUAAUAUCAACUACACCACCUUCAAGUACCACAACACUAACUACAACUCUUCCAACCACAACAACAAUGCUCUCUACAACUACCAGAACUACAACAAGCACAAGCACAAGACCCACACCCCGUAGGUUUUGUUUUAGUGCAAUAGAUUAUUUUCUAAUGUGUAACCAUGAAAAGUUGAAAAGUGAUAUGUAUUACAAAUCAAUAAGUAAUCCUGAGAAAAGAAAACACUGA